AUGCCUCCUCUAUCGCGCUCGCACUCAUGCGUUGAUAUAGACUAUACCCUCAGACGGCAAUUCAACAAGACGACGUUCAGGCCGCUGCAACGUGAAAUCAUCACUGCUGCACUCGAUGGCCACGAUGUGUUCGUCCAGGCCGCUACGUCGUUUGGCAAGAGUCUUUGCUUCCAACUCCCUGCCUGCAUUGACCAUGGGAGUAAGUGCCCAAAGCUGCUUCGAGCUUACAAGCACGCGUCGUCCCCGUCAACUAACCUGGCUUCUCACUGCGGCAGUCACCAUUGUCGUUUCGCCGCUGCUCAGUCUCAUGGUGUGUGGUGGCCCAUUCAGUUUUGUCCAGACAUGGCAGCUGACAGCUUCUGCCAGAUGAAUCAAAUUGAAGCGCUGCGGUCAGCUGGCAUCGAUGCUAGCUCCUUGAACAGCAACACGCCGCCCGCCGAGAGGGAUCGCAUCAACCAGGAUCUUGCCAGUGGCCACCCGCGCAUACGUCUGCUCUACGUGACACCGGAGCUGUGCUCUGGCGACUCCUUUCGGAGACGUAUCAAGCUGGUCUACGAACAGUGUGAAUUGGCACGCAUCGCGGUUGAUGAGGCCCAUUGCAUCUCGGAAUGGGGCCACGAUUUUCGAAAAGACUUCAAGCGGCUGUCCUGGUUUAGAGAGACGUUCCCGACCGUACCAAUCAUGUGUCUGACGGCCACUGCAAAUCCCACCGUUCGCAAAGACUUGCUAAGGACUCUGGGCCUCCUGGAACAGCCUGACAGGCUCAAAAGUUUUGUCAUGACUGCCCACCGGCCCAAUCUGCAUAUUGAGAUCAGAUAUACAAAAGACCAAGACGACGACCGCCUGUCUGACUUUUUAACUUGGAUACGUAGCGUUUAUGAGAGAAGAAAGGCAGACCCUCGCAAAGCAGAACUAGAAGCCGCCGGGGAGCGAGUCGACAAUGUCUCCGGCAUUAUAUAUACGAUAUCGCGAGAUGAGUGCGAGUCUCUCGCGGCGGCGCUCAGAGACGAAGGCGUUGGGGCUAGGCCCUUCCAUGCGAAACUUACCAAAGAGACCAAAGAGCAAACCUUGGAUCGAUGGGUGAAGAACGAGCCUGGCUACGAUGUCAUUGUGGCCACCACAGCGUUCGGCAUGGGUAUCGACAAGAACAAUGUGCGAUUUGUCGUUCACUGGCGGCUGCCCAAAUCAUUCGAGGGAUACUACCAAGAGGCAGGCCGCGCAGGCCGGGACGGCAAUGCGAGCUUUUGCUUUCUGUACUACAGCCGUGAAGACCUGCAGCGCGUGCAGAGUAUGAUCAGGAAAGGGAAUCGCGACGGAUCGAAUUGGGAAGCGCAGGCAAAGAGUCUGCAAAAACUUGCCCUAUACUGCGAAGACACGACCGCUUGUCGCCAUGCCCAGAUCUGCAGGUAUUUUGGUGAGGACGAGACACCAAAAUGCGACUUUGCUUGCGAUUGGCACAAGGACGCGCAAGGCCUUCAAAGGAGGUUGAUGCGUGGCCUGGCAGAUGAGGAAUGGGUCAGCACGCAGGCCGAGUAUGGCCAGUAUGAAGGCUACUACGACGAUUGA